GAAGAUCGAGCUUGGUAUCACGAUGCGGUUAUCGCUCAUCUUCCAGCUGCGGUCAUGGCCGCAGCACGUUCUCGUGAGCUGAAACAUCUCGCUCUGUCGAAGUAAUAAUAUCUUGAAGUGAACAUAUAUAUUAUGUAACUUGAUCGUCGACGCCCGAUAAAUUACAUAUUGUUAGGUGCGAUAAAACUUGAGUCACCGAAGCCUCAGAUUCCGCUAGUCUGUCUGGCUACUCGACUUUGUACAGUCAUCAACUUAUCUACACCUGGAAAACGCAACGGUUUCAUCCAGAUGGAGAUCUGCAUCGAUUGCUUGGAGUCCGCGAGGAACGCAGUCGCAGGAGGCGCUACACGACUGGAGGUCUGCUCGGCCCUCUCAGAGGGUGGCCUAACCCCAAGCCCGGGGCUGGUCAGGCAGAUAAAGAACUUUGCGAAGAUCCCGAUUCGCGCCAUGAUCCGCAUUCGCAAGGGCAACUUUGUCUACAGCCGCGAGGAGAUCGACGCCAUGCUGCACGACCUGAGGAUUCUCAAGGAUCACCAAGUGGACGGAUUCGUAUUCGGUGCACUGACUCUCGACGGCCACGUCGACCUCGACGUAUGCUGCGAGAUCGUUUCCGUCGCUCGUCCCUUACCGGUGACCUUUCAUCGCGCUUUCGACGAAACGGUCGAUCCAUUAAAGUCGAUGGAGAGCAUCAUCGACCUCGGCUUCGACAGGAUCCUCACGUCGGGACAGAAGGAUACCGCUCUGCAGGGAUUGAGCCUGCUGAAGCGCUUGGUGGAUAAGGCCGCGGACAGAAUAGUGAUUAUGCCAGGGGCGGGAAUCGCGAGGGAUAAUAUAUCUCAGAUCAAACAGUGCGGCGCCCGAGAAUUUCACGCCUCGGCGAGGAAGAAGGUGUACGUCGACCCGAAUGGCCACAGGUUUGCCAAGGACAAUUUUAUCGAUGUGACCGAUCGAGAACUAGUGCAGACGUUGGUCGAUAUCGUCCAUGACGUUUCAUGAAGGAUAAUUAAUAAUUAAUACGAGACUAGGAUAAAUUAUUAAAUUAGCUUACGCGAUAUAAUUACCAAUGCAGAUGAUGACCUGAUUUACAUCAGGCGACCUGGUUGUCCUUUUCUCGUAAUAAUGCAUUAUUUCAAUUUAUUAUUUAUAAUAUGUGUUAUAAAUGCUGCAUUUUUUGCUACAAUGUUCCAAUAAAUUUCUUCCCCAUCCUC